AUGAGUCCGUCACCUAUCGAAUCUCCUGGUCUCAGCACGGAUUCAUUUUCCAUAGUCUCACGAGGUGAUCUUACCUCAUCGAGUGAUUCUCCACUGGUGCCACCCUCAACUAAUGGGUCUCCACUGAAUUUUGCGUUGUUUGCGGUCUGGUUAGCUAGCUCUAUUAGUCAGAAAACUUCCAAGGCUCCCACAACAAUUAAACAGGCCCUUUAUGGCCCUGAUGGUGCUGAAUGGCGUGCUGCUUGCCUUAAGGAAUUAUCUGCAUUUAAAGAACACCAGACGUUUUCACUCGUCCCUCCUCCGUCUGAUGGUCGUUCUCUAGGUACUCGCUGGGUAUUUACUAUAAAGGAUGAUGGAAGAAAGAAAGCUCGACUUGUUGCACAAGGAUUCCGUCAGAAAGAAGGCAUUGAUUACACUGAAACAUUUGCUCCGGUUAUUCGCUACGAUAGUGUUCGUGUCUUUUUAGCACUGGCUUGUUGCUUAAAUCUUCGUAUCCAUCAGAUGGAUGUUAAUACCGCCUUCUUAAACUCAGAUAUGGAGGAGUCGGUCUAUGUCAAGCAACCACCUGGUUUCAUUGAUUCUGAUCCUGCUCAUGAAGGGUGGGUCUGGAAAUUACAUGGGGGUAUGUACGGGUUCAAACAGGCUCCUCUACUUUGGAACAAACAUAUUAAUCGUUCCCUCACUGCCUUGGGCUUUACCCGAAAUGAGAAAGAGUUUGGUCUCUAUUUCAAACAAACUGCUGACGGUCCUUUAUUUGUUGCUCUAUAUGUCGAUGAUUUGUUGAUUGCUGCUCCAUCCCCACGAAUCAUCUCCCUAACUAAGAAGAAAUUACAAGAAAUCUACUCUAUGAAGGAUCUUGGUCCUGUAUCCAAAUUUCUCGGUAUGAAUAUUACCCAAUUUCCCAACGGUAAUAUCACGCUAUCAUUAGCAGAUUAUAUUGCCAAAGCUGCCGCUGAUCAACAAACUCCCCUACAUAAGAAAGUUCACAUUCCCCUAUCUCCCACGAUUAAUUAUUUUGAUUCUAAUUCUCCUGCUGCUAAAAACAUUACUACUUAUCAAAGCAUAGUUGGUCAACUUAUCUUUAUUGCUAACGCAGGCCGUCCUGAUAUUGCUUAUGCUGUCUCGCUGCUUUCUCGGUUCCUUAAGGAUCCUCGUGUAGUUCAUUUAAAUGCUGCUCAUCGUGUUUUGCAAUACCUUUAUACUACUCGUUUCCAUGGUCUCGCUUAUCGUGCAGGCUCACCGCUUCAGCUCACUGUCUAUUCUGAUGCUUCGCAUGGUUCUUUGGCGGAUAUGCCCUUCUCAACGGGGGGUUAUGUCACUCGCCUAGCUGGUGGUUGUGUCACUUGGUCAUCUAAAAAGAUCAAGACAACAGUUUGUCUUUCCUCCACCGAAGCAGAAUAUAUUGCUGCUAGUGAAGCUGUUAAAGAAAUUGAAUGGUAG